CUCUCUGAUUGGCCGAACGACCCGUCGCUCUCUGAUUGGCUGUAACGUUGCAGCAUUGCAUUGUGGUCUUUGUAUUUUCUGCCGUUCAAAUAAAAAAUAUGACUUGUGCCACGUUUCCAUGGCAACCGAGUCAACUAGAGCAGAUACAGCUGACGCUCCGGUAACGUCUGCGAGCCGUUAACGGGCUGAACCGGAUGGAGGAGCUCACCUGUCUCACCUGGAAACUGUGAGUGUUAGCAGCGUUAGCAGCGUUAGCAGCAGCUAAGACUCUGUCCAGGUGAGGUCCAACAUGGCGUCUGAUGCGACUCCUCCAGGUGACAAUGAGGUGAAGGUGAGGAGGAAGAGGAGGCAGAAGGAGGUGAAGAGGAAGGAGAUUCAGGCGGUGGACAUCGAGGAGUUAACGUCUGAUGGUCACGGAGCGCUGCAGGAGGGACGGACAGAGGACGCCCUGAGCUGCUUCAACAACGCGCUAAAGGCUGCAGGACAGCUGCAGGACUCUCGGGUUCUCCGGGCCUGUUCCUUUAACCUUGGUGCAGCUUAUGUGGAGGCGGGCCAGCCAGGUAAAGGUCUGGAUCUGCUGCAGCAGGCUCAGCCCGGUCCGAAGGCUGACCGGCUCCCAGAUCUCCAGUUCAACCUGGCCCUGGCCCACAAUGCACUGGGGCAGAGCCGAGAAGCCGCUGACUACUUCCUGCACGCCGCCCAGCUCUACAGGUCACAGGGAGACGGACGCAGCGAGGGGGACGCCUGCAUGGAGAUGAGCCGGUGCUACAGCAGAAUACAGGACUGGACUCUGGCCGGUCAGGGAUUCCUGCGGGCUGCAGAGAGUUAUAGAGUGGCGUCCAUGUUGGAUUCUGCAGCUGAUGCCUUUAAAGAAGCAGGAAGUCACAUGAUCCAAUCAGAUUACUUCAGCCAUGAUGACAUCACCAGCGUACUGACUGAGUGUCUAAGUCUGACAGAUAGCAUCAGCGAGCAGAGGAUUCUGGGUGAGCUCUACCUGUCAGUGGGUGUGUCUUACUGCCGACUCAGGUGUUUCCAGGAGGCGGUAGAGUGUUUCCAGCAGGCUCUGGGCCCCUCAGCUCAGCAGCCCCCCCUGCUGGCCAAAGUGCUACACAACCUGGGAGCCGCCCUGAACUCUGUGGGUCAGUUCACGCUGGCUGUGGACUACCACAAUCGGGCUGCCGGACUCUACGGCUCUCUGGGUUGCCGUGGCAACCAGGCUCGGUGUUUCAGUAACUUGGCGUUUGCCUACAGUCAGCUAGGUGAUGAAGAGGAGGCAGCAGAGAGCUUCAUCCUCGCUCUGCAGGGAUUCAGAGACACCGAGGACCACCUGGCUCAGGUUCAGGUGUGUGAGUCGUUAGCAGAGUGUUACCUGAAGCAGAGGAAGCAGCAGAAAGCAAUCCAGCUCUACAAACAGGCUCUGAAGGCUCUGUCUCACUGCCAGGAUGGUUCUGGUUCUGUUCGAGAUCGACUGGUGGAGCAUCUGACUGCAGCUCUACAGCAGAGUCUGACUGUCAGUCUGCAGAGGCCACGCCCACGGCGAACACGCCCACACAGCCCACCCAUAACCAGGAAGAGUGACAUCACACAGAUACCAGGUCGAGCGGCCAACCAGCAGCCAGAUGAUCAAAGGGGGGCAGGGCAAGGAUCAGAGCAGGAGGCCACAGGUAGACAGGAAGCAGCAGGGCAUUGUGGGUCAGCAGGUGGCAGAGCCACUGAGGGACCUGAAGACAUGAGCAUGUUACCUGGACUGCACAGUUCAGACCAAUCAGACCAGCUGCAGCACAGUGAGCUGUGGUCAGACAGAGAAAACCCUCACACCGACAGUGAAACUUCAUUGGUUCAGACACAGGCCGAGGCUCCACCCAGACCAGAGGACACUAGAGAGGCCACGUCCCCUGCGGGCAGGUGGAGGUCACGGUUCUGUUCACUGAUGUAGACUCACCUGCCUGAUGAUCUGUAGAC